AUGCCGCGGCCAAAGGUUCAUCCAAGUCAGCGUCAGCGUGCCGCCGAAGCAUGCAAUUUUUGCCGCGCAUCCAAGAAGCGAUGCAGUGCCACAGUGCCUUGCACCGCUUGCCAGAGACGCGGCAUUGGGGAUUCCUGUUAUCUCACCCACCGACCUCGAGGCUCUAGAAAGGUUCCACCUCGGACGAGGAACUCGGCUCCGGAGCAGGUUCCGGCUUCACCGGGCGGUGGAGACGCAAGGCCAGGCUCUCCAGCUCCAGGACCAGAAUCGCAUGCCCGGAUGCUACUGAAUCUUCGAGGAGAACGAGUCUAUAUCGGCGAGGCUGCAUCUCUAUCGUUCCUACAGCUUAUCAGAGAUACUGUGACAGCACAAAUUGGGCCGUCCCAAUUUUCUCACAAUGAAAAGAGCGAUAAUAUGCUGGAAACAGAGCCUUCGGCGGCUAAUUCGAACGAUCUAGAGCUAGCCAAUUGCAAUGUAGACUUAGAGGGCAGUCUACUCUACUCCCGCACCUUCGAAGCUGCUACCGGUGGACUUUUAUAUCUCUUCGGACCAACAGAGGUAGAGGACAUUUUGUUAAAAACUGGAACUGAUGGGGUUGAGUCCCUUGGCCCAUGCCAACGUGCCGCGAUUGAUCUUGUUAUAGCCAUCGGUGCGCAAUGCAAGUCUCCAAUGGAUGCACAGCAAAUCGGACCGGCAUAUUUUCGUCAAGCGCAACAGCGUGCAUUCGCCGGCAUGCUGGAAGACCCAAAUGUUGAUAUGGUCCGCGCAUUUCUUCUAAUGGCCUUUUAUAUGCUUGGCCAUUGCCGGAGAAAUACAGCAUUCAUGUAUUUGGGGAUUGCGUCGAGAGCUGCAGUUGCUCUUGGAAUGCACAGCCCACACUCUUAUACAGACUUGAAGAAUCCAUUAUGCCAGCUGAGGCUUCACAUUUGGAUGAGCCUCUGUGUCUUGGAUAUGCUCGUGUGCUCUAUACUAGGGAGACCGCCUGCGACGGCUGGUUUGAGAGCAGAAGUUGAUACUAGCAUCAUCGCUUCAUACAACUCAUUAGAAUCACGGCACGAUUCACGUACUGCAAGUCUGUUCGCAUCGUACAAAAUUCUUACAAUCAUUAAUGAGAGCGUCGAUGCACUAUACGGCAGGAAAGUUGCAUCCACCGCCAUGGUGGAACCUUUUUUGAACAAAAUUGAGGAUUGGAGCAGAGAUCUACCCAGUUUUCUCCGCAAUCCUCUGACAUCUAAAGGCUCUCCGGCCCAGAAAGCGGCAACGGACAGUAUACACGUCGCUUGCCUCUAUUACUUUGCUAUCACUCUAGUCACUCGACCCGUACUUAUAUCCGGACUCACCUCUCUCUCUGGUUCUGCGACACCUUCAACGUCCCCUCUGGCAGCUGCCUGUCUUGAUGCGGCUGUGUAUCUUGUACAGACGUGCUCAGAAGCACACAAGUCUGGGCUAUUGCUUGGUAAUAUGUGCAUAUUAAAGGCCCUGAUAUUUGCCGCUGGGCUUAUCCUUGGGUUUGACAUGUUUGCGAAGAGAGAGCUGGACUACGAGGUUGAAGUAACCUUUCGUAGUGCCAAAGACGUCCUCGACUUCUUGGGCAUUCAAAGCCCCCAGGCCACUCAUUACUCUGAAAUCCUAGGCCUUCUAUCCAAUGCAAUCACGAAACGGCGAAUGAAACUGUCUUCACGCUCUCGAAGUAGGUACGUCGGAAAGCUGGUUUCUUUUAGCGGGGAACGGAGCUCAAGCCAAGACAACACCACCAACGAUAACGAGGUUUUAUCUCUUAAUAAUAACGAGGGGCUUCCACUUGGAGAAAUUGGUGGAGUUUGGACCGGCGAUCUGUCGGCCCAGUCUGGAGAGAUGGAUGGAGAUAUGCUACGAGGUUGGGACAGCCUAGACUUGUCACAGUGGGAUAAUUUUCCCUUUUUCAACCCAAGGGCGUUUUGGCCCUGA